AUGUUGAAGAUCCGCCAGCUCCAGAAACAGAAACAGCAGCAGAACGCUCAGCUGCGGCUGCCCGCAGAUGAAGGCGUCCACGGAAAAGUGUCCGCCGCCCAGAUCCGCUUACAGAAAGACAUCACGGAGUUGGAGCUCCCGCAGCUGAUCGCAAUCCACUUGCCCGACCCGCAGGACUUGUUCCACUUCAACAUCGAAAUCUGCCCUGUCGAAGGCCACUACAAAGCCGGGCGGUUUCGGUUCAAGGUGGAGAUUCUGGAGAACUACCCGAUCGACCCGCCCCGCAUCAAGUGCGUGCAGAAAAUCUACCACCCCAACAUCGAUUUGGAGGGCAACGUGUGCCUCAACAUCUUGCGUCAGGACUGGUCGCCGGUGCUCUCGCUCAACGCGGUGCUUCUUGGCUUGAACUUUCUUUUCUUGGAACUCAACCCGAACGACCCGCUCAACAAGGACGCCGCCAACAUGUUGGUCAAGAACCCGGCUCUCUUCUCGCGGAACGUGAGCUUGGCCAUGCGCGGGCUGUAUGUUGGUCUGGAGGUGUAUGACCGGGUCAUUUGA